UCUUCGACGAGCUGUCAAAUAUCCGUACCACCGUUUAUAAAGCUUUUAAACGGUGAUUCGUACCAUAGCAGGCGAAGCAGGAGAUGGAAGAAACAAGACGUGCGCUGGAGGAGCUGUUCUCUCUUCUGAAGUGUGUUCAGUGCGAGGACCUGCUUCAAGAGCCGCACAUUGUUGGCCUGUGCGGCCACACAGUAUGCAGGCGCUGCAUCGGUCGCCGUGAUGCGUGUGGUAUCUGUGGCUCCCCGACAACACAACGCGAGCUCAAGCCGGACCCGCAGAUUAGCGGCGUGCUCACUUGCGCCGCGAAACUCGGACAACUCCUGUCAGAUUCAAAAUUAGGCGUUGAAACAGCACCUGGUGAGGAUGGCUUACAAGAUGCUGCCCAAGGCAGUGAUGUUGGCACUGAGAGAGGUGCCAGAGAUGCUGGGCAACCUGGUUCACCAGCAAAGGGUACACCUGCUAAAGGUGCCCAAGAGAGAAGCAGCAUCAUGGGAGUCAACACCAGGAAGGUUGCAGAGAGGCGGAACCGCUUAGGGGAGACACCCCUGCAAGUGGCAGCCAUAAAGGGUGAUGCAGCCCGUGUAAAGGUCCUGCUCAGUGCAGGUGCCAAUCCAAAUGUUCGUGACAACGCUGGCUGGACGCCUCUGCACGAGGCUUCCAGCCAAGGCGCCGUGGAAGUAGUGCGUCUGUUGCUUGCAGCCGGUGCAUGUGUCAACGCAGCCGGUCCAGAUGGUGUCACACCACUGCACGACGCUGUGCUCAGCAAUGUGCCUGAUGUGGUGCUGCAACUAUGCAGUGCAGGUGCUGACAUAGGUGCUAGGACAAAUGAUGGCCGAACUCCUGUGUCACUUGCCCAAAGUGAACUGAUGCGGGCUGCCCUGCGGUCACCUCCUGCCCCUCGGGUGCACCAGCCGUCUGGAUCUCCUCAGCUGCCUCAGGGGACAAAGGAGUCUGGUGCUGUGGUGCUGCUGGCAUCCGGCCUGGAUGAGACUCAAUGCCAGACCCUGGCGCAGUGUGCACGGCUGCUGGGAGGCAGCUGCACGGUGGCCUUCUCCCGUGAAGUGAGCCACCUGGUGGUAAGCUGUGACAAACAGGGCAACUGCUGCCAGCGGACACUAAAAGUGCUUAGCGCUAUGGCUGCUGGAACAUGGAUUGUCAGCUUUUCCUGGGUGGAGGGCUGCCUACAGCACGGCCUCCGCAUAGAUGAGGCCUCACACGAAGCCCAAGGGGUGCGGCAACACCCAAAUAGCAAAGCUCCACAGCGUGCACGCCUCAGCGGGGGUGGCACCCUGUUCUCCGGCUACAGCGUUGUCCUGCAGGGCCCCUUUGCACGAGGACCCUCGCGGGACGAGUUGGCCACGCUUCUCAUGCUAGCCGGUGCUCGCCUGCUCAGCAGAGUGCCCCCCAGUGGUGACCAUGACCAGGCUGUGCUUGUGGUCACCGACUCACCCACCACUAGCCGCACCCAUGCAGCCACCUAUGUUGAACCCGCAUGGCUGUUGGACUGCAUUUCACGCUUUGAGAUCACCCUGCCUUCAUCAUCAUAGCACGCUCCACAGCAUGCAACAGUGGCUCACUAAUAUUUCUGAAUAAAUAUUUGGAUGGCUGUCAGCCACCACUCUAUAA